AUACCCUAACCACUGAAUAUGAGCCACUGAAUUCCACUGUGACUGAAGCAUUGCUGAUCAACUCUUGUUCCAAAGAUGGUGAGAUCCCAAUAAAUACCACUUUCUUUCCAGUUAACUCUAGUAGAGAAGAUUUACACGUUAGAGAGGAGCUAUCCUCAUCCCCAGUGUACCCUGAGGAUUGUUCUCUGAAGUUGCACUUAAACCUAACAGCAGGUUAUCAGGUUUCAACAUGUGACAAUGCAGGAGAUCCAGAAGUUAAAGCAGCACAGAUUCUAAAUGAAUCACACAACAAUGCAAGCACUGCCAAUGGCAAAACAAUUGAACACUGUGAUGAAGAAAAUAAUUACUUCUAUACAAAACAGUGCACUGAAAUGGCUUGCACAACAGAUACCAAAGAUUAUUCACUGACAAUCGAACAAUCAGACAAGCAUGGUGGAGAAGUUAAUAGAUUUGUCAGAAAUGGCGAACACUUUGGGAUACAGUUGGAGAAUGAGCCAAUCAUUGGUGCAUGCAAAAUGAAAGACCCUCAUGCAGGCUUUGUAGGAAAUAUGAAGCUUCCAAAGAAAAGUUAUGAAUAUGUUUCCGACACUGAGACAGCACUUUUAAAUAUAGAUCAGGAACGGUCAUCUACUUGUUCAACAACCAAUGCAGAAUCUGUAAAAAAUAUAUCUCUUUUGAAAAACUGGCUAACACCUGAUAUGGAAAACACUCAUCAAGAGAUAGAAGACAUAAAAAUAAAAAAUGCACCAUUAGCAGGUGAUGAUCACAAGACUUUAAUCAGCAAAGUUCACAUUAAUACUUUAAGAAGUGACAGCAGUGUAUGCGAUAGUGGAUUGACACACACAAAUUGUACUAGCCUGAAAUCCUCUAGGAGUCCAGAAAUAAAAAACAAUAUUGACAUCAGUAAAGAGGAUAGAAAAUAUGCAGACCAGAUUGUGGAAAGAAAGGCCAAUAACCGUUAUUUUCAGAUGAGUGACUCUGCAAUUAAUGAUAAAAUAUCAGAGGUGGUGAAAGAACAUUUUAUGAUCUCUCUAAGAGAAGACUACAGUGAAGAUCAAGAGCCAAACACAAAGACAGAAAAUUCUUCUUCUGCUAAACUGGAUACUUCGAAGGCCAAAACAAGCAAACACGAAUUUAAUAUCAAAACUACUCAGGCUGGACAUGGUGAGAAUAAUAGUUCCCAGACUUUCUCAUGUAUGUCAAAAUCAGAGAUUCAUGUAGACAACUCUGUGCACUUUGAUAGCGGCAAUGCACAAACAGAAUCAAGACAUUCUUUGACUAUGAAGGAUAACACAGUCUUGAACUCCAGUGGCACAGAAGAGCAAAUUGUAAGGAAGGAAGAGAAGAAAGUUGAACAAGAAAGUCCAAAAUGUGAAUAUGUCAGUGAUAACAUGGAAUCAGUACUAUACUGCACUACACAGGAACAGAGCACAGAUAAACUAAAAACAAGUGAAUCAGUGUUGUCAUGUGUCAAAGAAACUAUUAUUGAUGUGAAUACAUCAAAAGAGAGCAUAAUUGUCUGCUCCCAACUGAGAAAGGAUUAUGUUGAUGCUUCAAACCCUGUUCAAGGGAAAGAUUGCAUCAGCGAAGGGGAUUUAGAGGGGGGUAGAGUAACAGUAUUAAAGCCACUGCUUCCCUGCAUGUUUGCACAAGAUACUUUAUCUCUUAAGCUGACAAAUGGGUUGGAGAAAGUUCAGAAAGUAAAUCAGUGCUUGCACCAGAAUGCACGGGUAGUUGACAACAAAACAAAACUAAAUGAAAGUACACUAAUCUCUAAGGAAAUGGACAGUUGUGAUGAUAAACCACUAACCCAUGGACAUUCAAGACUUUUGAAUGAAACUUUGUGCUCACCAAGUGAAAACUGUCUUAUGAAGGUCUCAACUCCAGUAAAGUUGAGUAAAUGCCACAUUCCUCAGGUGUCAUUGUCCUCUGAUGCAACAGUGAAACAUACUGUCUCAGGUAUACAUUCUGAAUAUGUAGCUGAUACAUUUCAGCAAACCAUGGAGGCACAAAAUAAAAAGACAUGUUCAUAUAACUCUUCAGUAUCAAGUAUGGAAGAUUACCACUCAAAAGUGGAUGGCAGUUACCCAACUCCCGAAGCCCAGCCUUCAAGCAAUCUUGCAUUUUAUGAAUUUGGUCAAGGAUAUCUUGGAAAACAUAAUGGUUGUGUCAGCCAAGAUAAAACUUGCACUAAACAUUCCUUGGAAACUGCCACUAUCAGUAGUAAUUGUGAUAAAGACAAAGAAAGAACUGUGGAGCACACACUCAAAAGUUACUCUGAAGAUUUAAGAAAAGAUGGCACAAUUUCAGAUUUAGGCCAGGCACCACAAAGAACACAAAUGCACAAUUUGCUUAAAAUCUGUGAUACUGGAAAAACAAACAAGGAUCAAACAAUCUACACAAGUAAUCAAAUGGAAAUUGUGUUUAAAUCUCAGUAUAAUGAUGGCAGCAUCAAAGGAAUACAAAGUUGUGAUAACCAACAACCGAAAAAUCAAGAGCCAAAUAUGCCUAAAAAUCACCAGUCAACUGAAAAAAGAGAGCCUGGUACAUCUGUUGAGGUAUAUCACGAUGCAAAACAAACUCCUUGCAAUCAAAAUACAAAGGAAUAUUAUAAUAACACAUCUACAGACAAAGCAGAACAUGUCACAGCAGCGAAUGUUACAAAACAUUUUGUUGGCAGUGGUAAUGAUGACAGACGGAAAGGGAAACAAAAGCGAUACAGAAAGGCCCACUUUAUAGCACCUCCAAGUUCAUCCACUGAUUCUGCACCCGAUUUAUCUUUGGAUGAAAGUACCACAUCUAAAUGUCAUGUGUCUCGUACCAACCUUCUUCCUACCAGUGAAAAUGCUCUUGGCAAAUACAAAAGUUCUCCACUUGAUGAACAAAGCAUUCCUUUACCUUCAGCAAUUAGUCCAAGAUCAUUAGAAGCACAGACAGGACAGAAGAACACCCAGCAGCCUAGAGAGAUACUUCCCAUACGCAACAAAGUUGGGAUUGAGACAGUUGCAUGUCAACAAGAUCAUGGUUCUACCGAAGAAAUGCCAAAGAUAGAAAUGAGGGAAUCAAAGGGUAACAAAGACAUUACUUUAAGGAAGAAUGCUUCUUCUGAAGAUAUUUCAGUUUGUGUGGAAGCCCUUGCUCAGCCAUUCGAGGAGACUUUCCCACAUACAAGAGAUUCUGCAAUGCAUUUUGCUUCAAGUGAUAUUAACCCAUUUAUUCAUUCAAGAACUACUGUGGCGGUUAACACAGCAGUCCACAAAAAGCAGGCCUUUGGAAGUGCAGCCAAUUUAUCCUGCAAACACUCUCCACUCAGUAGUUCCAACAAGUAUAUAAAGAGGUGCUGUAGUGUAGACAAUGGCCUAAAUAUUCAGGACUCCCCUUUCAGUUCCCAUUUGAGCGCGUAUGUAAAUCAUAAAGGCCUCUCUAGCACACUGAGUAGUAAUGAAUAUUCUAGAGAUCAAAUUUCAUCUGAACCUCUGUUGAAGGCAGCUUCUUAUUCCUCUAGCAGUUCAAAUAAGCAGACCCCAACAGCUUUGAAAUGUGACUCUUACAAUUGUGCCUCAGAAGAGUUACGCCAGAGUUCAGGUCAAGUUGACGAAAUAGUGUUAGUCUACUCCUCUGAGUAUGAAUCUCAGGAACAUCCUAGUCCAAGCAGGUGUAAUCAAGGCACACAAACCAUUGAGGUUAAUAAGGACCUUAAAAGGAAGAGCCGGCACAGAAGAAGCAGCACCCAGACACCAGUGUCCAAACCAGGGAAUGGUGCCCCAACCACGUGGACAAGUCUGCAGAACAUGUCUGAACAUCUCUCUGACCUUAUACACAACACCUCUGAUCUUCUGGGGAACAUACAGUGUAUGCGAACAGGGGAAAAGCCACCAAAAUAUGACUGUUUCCAGGUUUCAUCUGGCAGUAACUACAAGAGGGACUGUUGUACACAAACUUCACUGGACAUUGGGGUCCAGACAGAGAAUGCUCCAAGGUCAGCAAAUCCUACAGCCCAUGAAGUAAAUGUUAUUGUUAAAGUCAUUGGCUCAGAUAUUUGUAAUGUGUCCCAGCUUGGAGGUGAUGCCAAGAUUUUGAAGAAUAAAUGUGAAAGUGAACAGGCCUAUGAAAGGAUUAAAAGCCUGCCUGAUUUACGUCCCAAAAGUUCAAAGGUGACUGAGAGUCAAACUUUUCUGAUUCCUCCCCAAAAGGUUCUUUCAUUAGAGACUCUUAUGCCAAAUCAGGAUGCUCCCACUAAAGGAAAUACAGUCGAUAAUUCCUGUAAGAAGUCUUCAUCCGGCUACCUUGGAGCAAAACGCUCACAUAUGAAGCAAGAAGAGAAGCAGACUUGUCACAGAAAUGUAGACCUAAGGAAUUGCUUUAAUAAACAAAUUAUGCUUAUGGAUCGUGCAUGCUCCCCUAUUCUUACAGUGAAGGCUGCAAGAUACACACAGCAAAGACAAGUAAAAACAACCCAUGCUUCAACAAACCAGAAAACCGAGGGACAAGAGAAUCAGUACUCAAAUGUAUACAACAUGCCAUUGAAAGGUCAUAUAAUGUCCAACCAUGAGAAUAAGGUACUAGAUCAGCAGAACCUUUGUAUCCUUCACAAUAAAAAUGCAAGAACAGCAUCUACAUCAGUGUCAUCUGUGACCUAUGAAAACCUUAGAGACCGUUGUUGUCCAAAUCUAGGUGAGUCGGAUGACUUCUCAAAUAGCAUCUGUCCCCACAGCAAAUGCAUAGAAAAUAAGAGGAAUGAAUAUUCUUAUGAAGUUGAAGACAGGGUCAUAAGUAAACCCAACCAUUCCCCAUCUCAGCCACAAAGAAUGUCCCUUUCCCCUCCAAGCAGUAACACUGGUGUCCAACUAGCAUCCUCCUCAGAUAACGUCAGACAAUCUAAAACUGAAAACAUAGAAAAACCUAAUUUUUUAACUGUGAACAGUCAUUUGAGCCACAGAUCUUCCAAGUAUAUAAUAAAGAGUUGGGAUCAUUCAAAACAAAUUACUGUGCAACAGGAGGAAGAUGAUGUGAUGUCUCUGGUGCCAAGCGAGUGCAACACAGAUGUUCUGGUCAGCAUCAAUCCUCUGGCAGAAUCCACCACACUCAGAGAACAUCAGUGGAUCCCUGAUGAUCUGCCCAUGCACAACAAAUUUACUAACUGGUCUGGCAUUAAACAGCAACCACCAUCAACAUUUAGUAAAAUUCACAGACCAAUUGGACAGCAGUUCACAAAGCUCAGCCCCAGUUACUGGCAAGAGCCAUCAGACAAAACAGACAGGAGGGCACAAGAAAUUGAGAAGCUGAGGAAAGAACGUGAGCAGGUUUUAGCCUCUGUACAUAUGGAUCUGAGCCCUCAUCAGCUGACUGUUGAACUCACAGAGGCCAGGCUGCAUUAUGGCCAAGGGGAAACAGACACUCUGCUUAAGAUUCUCAAGUCUGGUUCUAAAAAGGCGUUUUUAGACUGUGACAAACGGGAGCUCCUUAACAGGCACAGGAAGAGCAUUGAAAGUUUGAGAAAAGACAGAGAAGCCCGUUUUCAGAUUUGCCGUCGGGCUCGAAGCCUCAGUCCCAGUAAGCGUCGGAUCCCUAUAAAUGAUGAGGAGCAAUCUCAAAGAGUUUCAGACCUGCCAAGCAGACAAAGGGAAUAUAUGCAGCAGAUCAGACAAGAGAUUGUCGAAACCAGCAGAGUACCUGAUUCACCAAGAAGGGAGGGUCAAUGUCCAUCUGACAUUGAGCUUCUAUUGCGUGACUACAGUCGAGCCCGUGAGGAGGCAAGAGCAGAGAUUGCACGUGCACGAGACCGACUCCGUGAGAGGACCGAACAGGAGAAGAGACGACUACAGCAGCAAGCUCUCUCACUGGCAGUGAAGGAUGACCUGCGGUUUCGCACACGCAUUAGUAACAGUACUUUAUGUAGUGGUUCGAACCUGAGUCUCUCCUCAGGGCCCACUUCAGGGUACAACAGCAGCAAUGCUGCUUUAUUUAAAGAUAUUAAUUCACCAUUAAUACAGGUAAAUGGAGUCUCAGAAUUCAAAGUAAGGACUCGACCUCCUAUGAUUCCGUUGCAGACUUCAAAAGCUCAGCGUAGAUGGUUGUCAGUCCAGGAUGUCAGCCUGGAGACAUCUGUAACUGGAUACGAGUCCUCCUCCACUCCAUCAUCUCCUCCCUGUGCUCAACAACGCACUCUCUCCUUUGGCUCUCCUUCAUCUAUAUCAACUUCAUAUCAGGAUAUCGCAGACUGUACUCUUGCCAGUGCUAUUUCUGAAGUAUAUUUGGCCUCUGGUGGUGAUGCGAGGAAUCUGCUGGCUGGGAAGGCAGCUGCUGGUUGGAGGCAACAAGGUGUGGAGAGAGGCGUUCAAGUCUUUCACAAGGCUACUUCCAGACCCUCAGCUCAUGGGUUUCUUGGAGCAGUUGAGCUGGAGAGACCUUUGGCCAGUCUGUGGUCUAUAGUUCGAGAUCACUCAAAGACUCACCUGUACCACGAGUCUAUUAAAUCUGCCUGGACACGACCAUUGGACCAAAGCACACAACUAGUCUAUCUUUUGACGGAUGUAUCCAACUGCCAGCUUAAACAGCCGCGGGACUUCUGCUGCCUCAGUACAGAAUCCAAACAGGAUGAUAUGUGGGUGCUGGCCAUGCAGUCUGUAUUUGAGGAGACACUGCCACGUCCCAGUGUGGAUACUGUUCGUGGUGAGAUUCUACCAAGCGCUUGGAUACUUCAACCCAGCCAGCGUAAUGGUCGAGAGCUCGUCACUGUCAUCUACUUGUUACAAGUAGAUUUGGGGAGCCCGUCCUUGGCUCCUAGACUGCUGAAUACAGUGUCUAGGAAGCAAGCAGCUGUCAUAGCAGACCUCGAUUCUUUCUUUUCUUUAUGAUCAAUCAGGUUACACAUGUAGCAACAAGCACUUACACUAAAGCCCUGAAAGUUUUUGCUAAGAUUUGCACCUCAUGUUCUUGCUCUUUACUUGAUUCUUUUUCACAUAGCACUGAUGGAAUGAUUAUAUUGUGUAACACAUUAUCUUUAUUGUUGUUAUUAGGUAACUGUGCCCCCAUGUACCAAAGUAUUAAUUAUUGUAAAAAGAUUAUAAUACUUUGAUAGAUCAAAGUAAAAUCCCAAAGCUAUUUUUUCAUGCAUGUAUAUAGUUACUGCUUGAUUAUCAUUUUGAUAUAGACUAAACCAG